GGUUUGACAAUCUAGGGGCGGAAGAACCCUAGAGUUUAAAUAGCAUAUUCGUUACAAACUAGAUUUAGGGCUUUGGAGGAGAAGCGGGGUCAUGUCGGCAGCAGAUCCAUUCUACCUGGUGAAGGAGGAGAUCGAUGAAUCGGUGAAGAAAGUGGAGGGCAAUUUCGAGACAUGGGAGAAGCAGAGCACGGGGGCGAGCGAGCGGGCGUCGCUGAAGCGAGAUCUUCUUGCGGGCAUCGAGAGCGUGGAAUGGCAGGUGAACGAGCUGGAUAAGGCCAUCGCCGUGGCCGAGCGGGAUCCAUCGCGGUUUGGGAUCGAUGCUGCCGAGAUUGGACGACGAAGGAAAUGGUCCACUGCUACACAUGACACGAUUGAUACUAUCAGGAAAGCUUUGCAUGACGGAAGAACAAGCAAUGCCAGUUCCACACGACGAGAGCUCAUGAGAAUGGAAGAUGAUCGUCCUGGUCCGAAGGCCAACCGGAGUUUGAUGGAAGGCAACGAUGAUUUCCUUUCCCUGGAGAGUGAGCGUCAGGCGUUAAUUCUCAAAGAUCAAGAUGAAGAUCUGGACGAGAUCAGUGCUAGCGUUGUGAGAAUUGGCGACGUGGGACUGACCAUUCACGAGGAACUCUCAAGCCAGGAAAAGAUUGUGAGCGAUCUUGACAAAGACAUGGACGGGACAGCAAAUAGAAUGGAGUUAGCUCAGAAACGACUUGCGCACGUACUGAAAAAGGCCGGACUGAAAGGUCAGCUGUGCUUGAUUGCUGCUCUAGUCAUCCUGCUUAUGAUUCUUACGCUUCUCGUUUUUUUCACAUAAGAAAUUAAGUUAGAAGUAUUGAUGUUGCGCAAGCUGUGUGAUUUCACACUUCAAUUGUGAAGAGCUCUGAGGAUAAAUUCAAUGUAUUCCAUAGCUCCAAGAAGCUGGGAUGAACAAGAUAAAAAAAGAGUAUGGAAGAUCAAAAGAAAAUAUGCUUUAACAAUCAACGAAAAA